CGCGCGCGCCCCGCGCGGCCACCGACGGCGAAGCCGCGCGACGCCGACGAUGUUGUGAAUGAGGGGAUGGAGUGACGUCAGCGGCCGAAUGUCAACAAUGUAGCGGCCGAGAGUAGGCGUUCCAGUCGAGUGUAACAAACAGCGGAGACGGAGCGGCACGCCGCGCUUGCUCACCACGCACGCUUUACACACACACACACACACACACGCACACGCACAAACGUGCACGCGCGUGCCGUCGUACACGCAGAGGCAACAACAGACCGUGGAGUCACACAGGCGUUGUUUUUCUUUUUUUCAUAGAAGAAAUCCGCUAAAUCUGCAGCCCGGGAGGCUUUGAGGAAGCGACAAAGCGAGUCAUCAUGUGAAAGAACGUAUGUGGGAAAGGGACAAACGCGCCGGGAUACGAGCAGAAUAGGAAGUAAAAAGGGCCGCGCCCCCCUCCUCCCCCCCCUCACCGCCCCCCGUGGACUUGCCAGUCAUGUACCUGCGUCUUUCCGACUGACAGUGAUGUCAAUGCGUCAGUGUACCCUGGAUAAAUGAUCACUAAUCGCCAUCGGAGGAUGAAGGACAAGUCUGGCGUGAGCGGAAUGUCCGUGGAUGAGAAGCCUGAAGCCCCCAUGUAUGUGUAUGAGUCGACGGUUCAUUGUGCCAACAUCCUCCUCUGCCUCAACGACCAGCGGAAGCAGGAUAUCCUGUGCGAUGUGACCGUCCUGGUGGAGGGCAAGGAGUUCCGCGGGCAUCGGUCCGUGCUGGCCGCCUGCAGCGAGUACUUCCUCCAGGCGCUGGUGGGCCAGGCGGAGAAUGGCUUGGCCGUUAGCCUUCCGGAAGAGGUCACUGCCAGGGGAUUCGCUCCAUUGUUGCAGUUUGCCUACACCGCUAAGCUGUUACUCAGCAGAGAAAACAUCCAGGAGGUCAUCCGCUGUGCCGAAUUCCUGCGCAUGCACAACCUGGAGGACUCCUGCUUUCGCUUCCUGGAAGCUCAGCUGCGCAGUGAAGAGGACGGCCUGCUGCUCUGCCACAAGGCGGCGACGGAGGGGGCGAACCACUCCGAGGAUGAGAGCAUGCAGUCGGAGGCGGAGAGGCCCGCCUCCCCGAAGGCGAGGCGCUGUGCCGACGCCAUCACCUCCUUUGGGCACCCCGACGACGAUCGGCUAGCAAUCGCCAUUCCCAGCAGCUUCACAGACGGCCGGCUGGACUUUGAUCGGCACGGAGCGUCAGACCUGCCCCGGUGCCCAAAGUACAGGAAAUACCAGUGGGCCUGCAACAAGCACAAUAAUGACACCUCCUCACACACCAGUACCUCAGGUUUUCCAAGCACAUUAAAGGAGAGCAGUGUUAGCGGGUCGGCCCCGGGUCAAGGUAGGCUGCCUUUGGCACAGAUCAAAGUGGAACCGCAGGCAGAGGAAGAGGCUGUCUCACUGUGCCUGUCGGGGGACGAACAGGAAGUCAGGGAUAAAGACAGCGAGACGGCCAUGGAGAUGGACAGCCCCAUGUCUGUGGAAAAAAACAAGAGAACCAAGUCCCCUUCCUGCCUCCGAGCCUUCUUCAAGAAAGGGGCGGACCUGCCCAGUCUGCCCAACACAUCACAGCAGCUAUUCGCCAACAGACUUGCCUGCCCCCAGGACAAAGGAAACUCUCAGGGAGAUCAUAAAAAGGACUUCAUGCCUUUCGCUGGGGAGCUGUGUCUGUCUGUCACAUCCCCAAAGGACAUGAACGAUUUCCCCGCAGGGUUGUCCCUCAAGUCCGCCUCCUGCGAUGGGGUCUGCAAACAGGAAGCUGAGCUCGACCGCCGCAGUGUCAUAUUUUCCUCAGGGGCCUGCGAGCGACUGGGAACCCCAGCACAUUCCUACCCCGGUGGGAACUCUUUGGAGAUGGAGCUCUCUGAGCACAUGGCGAAGGGCCUGUGGGCGGGGGCCAGCCAGUCCCUGCCCACCUCCCAGACCUAUCCUCCCACUACCACCUCCACCGAGCCCCCGCUCCUGUGCCGUCCCCGACCCAACACCAGCUGCCCAGUGCCAAUCAAAGUGUGCCCCCGCUCGCCGCCUUGCGAGACACGCACCAGGACUUCCAGCUCCUGCUCUUCGUACUCCUACGCGGAGGACGGCAGCGUGGGCUCCCCCUGCAGUCUGCCCCAGUUCGAGUUCUCCUCCUCGCCGUGCUCCAACGUGGCGCGCUGCCUCAACGUGGACCAGCAGGAGCAAAGUGUGGCCGGGGACAGCCUUUACAGCCAGGCGCGGCCCAAGAUCAAAUGUGAGCAGUCCUACGGCACCAACUCCAGCGACGAGUCGGGCUCCUUCUCAGAGGGGGACAGCGAGUCCUGCAACGUGCAGGACCGGGGGCCAGAGGUGAAGCUGCCUUUUCCCGUCGAUCAAAUCACGAAUCUUCCACGGAACGACUUCCAAAUGUUGGUGAAAAUGCACAAACUGACCUCGGAGCAGCUCGAGUUCAUCCACGACGUGCGCCGGCGGAGCAAGAACCGCAUCGCGGCGCAGCGCUGCCGCAAGAGAAAGCUCGACUGCAUCAUGAACUUGGAGUGUGAGAUCAGGAAACUGGUGUGCGAGAAGGAGAAGCUGCUGACCGAGAGGAACCAGCUGAAGGCGUGCAUGGGCGAGCUGUGGGAGAACUUCUCCUGCCUGUCGCAAGAGGUGUGCCGGGACGUCCAGCUGAGCCCCGAGCAGGUCCAGUCCCUGCACCACUACUGCCCCGUGCUGCGGCCCGGCCACGAGGCCAAGCCCGCCAACGCCACCACCAACAACAACUCCGCCGGCGCCGCCGGCGCCAUCACCAACAACACCACCAGCAUCGACCUCACCGGCCGCUCGGCCUCGGCCACGCCGGAGCCCAGCUUCCACGGGUCGCCCGGCGGCCCCCCCUCGGAGAGCGAGCCCGACUCGAGCGUCGGGAACGGGCCGGUCGACGGGGACAUGGAGGGCCGCAACGCCGGCCCGUUCGCAAAGUCGGGGCUUUCCCCCAACCAGGCGGUAACGGUGGAUUUUUGCCAGGAAAUGACUGACAAAUGCACAACCGACGAGCCGCCAAGGACGGACUAAGUAGCGGCGGUUCUCCAGGUCGUCGUGUGUCUAUAUAUAUAUUUUGUAUUAUUAUUUAAUUUUACUCUUCUGACAAACCCCCCCCCCUCUCUCUCGGGGGGUUGCUGAAACAGUCAGCCUUCUGCCAGUGUUCACUGGAAAAAAAAAAAAAAAACAAGCUUUGUUUGUAUUUAUGUCGUUUUGUGCUGUCUUUUUAUUUUGUUUUGUUUUUUUCACAACGGUCGACACUAAAGUUGUCUUAACAGCAGCAAUACUGUUCUCCAGGUAUUCUCCUCUUACCAUGACGGAGUGGGAACUUCUCACCAAAACACGUACAAUGGUGCUAUUGUCGCCCCCCCCCCCCCCCCGACAGCAACCUCCACGGCGGGGAACCUUGUUCUCUGCGAGUCACAACUCAAAGUCAAACCUCAUCGGACCUAAACAGCAGCUCUCUUUGUGUUUCUAUUGUGUACCGACAGUAUCUCUGUUCCUGCCUUCUCUCUUUGCAGCCCCCCCCGUCCCACUCUGUCGAUCUUCUCUACCUCUCCCUGUCUCAGUUCUGUCUCUCUCUCUCUCUCUCUCUUGGUUUCUACUCCCGCUAUAUCUCAGUGACCCUUUUGGUCACAGCAAUUCAAACUCAGGAAAACAGAAACAACAACAAUGACGAAAAAAAAGAAAAAAAGAAUGAAAUCGUUUGAAUGUUCAACCUAAUUCAUGAAAAAUGAGAACUCAGCUUCUGCACACACACACACACACAUACACACACACACGGGGAAGUCCAGAUGCAGCCAGUCGGUGUAAUAUUCAUAUGCAAAACAUAACAGAAAACCAAUACAGGAACAGCUCUCCACGCGUCUGGCAUUUGUUGUUCCGUGCGGGAGAACUUUGUACCGGCUGUAACCGAAAACAUUCCUCCUUUGCCUUCCUCAGCACUGAAUUGAAAGGAAAAAGGUUUUUUUUUUGUUGUUGUUUUUUUGCAGACGGUUUAAUGGCAACUUUUUUUACUACCCACUCAUCAGCAAUACCAUUGUAUUUGGAUGUUGUACCGGUGACUUUCAAGUGCUUAUUUGGCAGAAAUGUAUAUAGUAUGGAGCAUGAUGACUGUAACAGUGGUUUUGUACAGGUAGAGGCUCAGAUGUUUCUUCGUUUUUUUCUUUUUUGGUUCCACGGGGUUUUACCGAGCACCUUUUUUCUUUUUUUUUUCGCUGGGGGGAAAAUUGUUGCUUUUUUUUUGCUGUUUCCUGUCCUGCCUAACGAACGCCCCACCCGUCAAGGUGAGCGUUCUUAUACUCAGGAAACCGGCCACAUGCGCAUACACACGUGCAGCACACACACACACACACGCGCGUCAACACACGUGUACAAUUCUGGAGCCCCGUGCAUGUUUAAAAGUGUGACAUUCAAGACUCUUCUUUAAAUGUGACUUCUGCCUUGUGUUGUUCAGGAUGAAAAUUUCAUUUCGUCAGUAUUUCAAUGCGUUAUUUGUGUUUACGCUCUCGGGAAAGAAAGCGCAGCCAACAUAUAAGCGACGGGUGCUUUCAAGAUUGCAUCCCGAAAAAAAAUGAACAUAAAAUAUUGAUUGAAUCAGGCACUUUGUUUCCGGGCCCCGGGGCACUCAGAGCCAUUUAGCACUUCAACAGGGAGUCUUCGUCUUUGUGUCGGACCCCUUAAAAAGUCUCAGACUAGAGCACUUAGAUUGGCACUUCGUCUCGUGGAUAUUACACAAUUACUCCAAAAAAAUGUCUCUAUGAAGUAACCGUGUCUGAAACCCUAAACGUCAAAAGAAGCUAACGUUUCAGUGUAGGAGUGUUCACAUCUUAUAUUUCUUUCUUUCUUUAGGAAUCCAAUAAGCUAACUUGACGUGAAAGCAGUGUAUGUGUCGUCCAAAUGAUUGAGUAACAAUCAUAUUAAGAUAUAACACGUUUUUUGCCCUAACUGUGCAUUUGUUUGAGCAUCAGCCAGUGUGAUGUGCAUGCGUGAUGCCUAUAGCCGUAGGCCUAGUUAGUUUAUGCCACGUAAGCGCCCUCCGGACUUUUUAAAAAGCCAUCUUUUUUCUUUUGAUGAAUUUCUAUGUACGAACAGGCGAGACAAGCUGAGUCAUCUUGGGCCUUGCAGGCUUCUUGCAUCGCAAACUGGUUGGAUUCAAUUGGAAUGUGAAGCUUUUUUCAUCCCUCUCUUUUUAAAGCCCCAAUCCAAAAUGGCGUCGCUCCCCUCCCUCGUUUGAGAACACAAACUAAUGCCGCUGCUUCGCUAGCGUUGUGUACGUCUGCGUCAUCUCAAUUGUCAUUCAAAGAGGUGUGAUUUUAAAGUUUACAAUCCUCGCUAUACUUUACUGUACACACCGGGGGCAUGACGAACACAUGGCCGCCCAAUCCGUCGGCCAAAUAUUUCCUGGAUUGGGGCUUUAAAGUCUGGAUGAAAUGUUUGGAAAUGUUUUCCCCUUGACUUUAAUUAAUGUAAAUUUAAGAUGUGGUUUCAAAUUUGACGUCUCGUGUGAGACCGAUUCUGUUAUGCAGCCGAAAGGACUAAGUGUAUUUUAAAAACGACUGGUAAAAAGACCCAUACAUGCACACACACACACACACGGAGGUAUUCAUACAACGCACACACACACACACAGUACAUAGCGCGGAGCAGUAGCUGGUUUUUUUUUGUGUGAAGAUCCAAGUUCUUGCCAAAAAACUGAAGCUUUUUUUCUGCAAACGUUAUGCAACUAUUUUUUCUAUUUGCGUACAUUUUCAUAAGCUUGAUCUUAAAUGGAGAAAGCCCUCUUGAUGAAUGUGUGUUGUAGCAAAGCUCUUGCCCCCUGGGUGUCUCCUAAGAUUUCCUACCAACACCACGACGACCACCUUCUUGUUUUUGCAUAUAGCAUCAUUUCUUUCAAAGCUGUGGAAUGUUGUUAAUUCACCGUAACAAACCCUUUACAUGCCUGCAGAGCUACGAUGGCCGAGUCCUGCUCGCGUGCCCCAACACCGACGGCACCCUUAGUGCCCCGAGAGGCCUCCCUCCACGACACGUUGUUAGGAAAGGGUCACUUCACGGUGAAGACAUGAAAGCUCUCACUUACGUCUCGUGGCGUCUGGUCAUGCGGCGAUUUUGGCUUUUAUUUGGUGCAGGUGUAUUGCCCAUAACACGGUGGAGGGAUAUUCUUUGUAAAGCUUCUCCAUUUUUGGUGCAGAACUGUCCUUUUUUCGUCAGGCAAUUUUAAAACGUUAGUGAAUACAACCAACCCCACAUGCAUGGCUAGAUAGCAAUAAAGGUUAAGCGAGAUGAUAUGGUGGUUUUUUUUCGUUAUCAUUUAGGGUGAACCUUUCCUACGGAGUCACUCUUGAGCAGAUUCUUUUGGGACAAACUGGGUUUGAGUCGAGCAAAACAGCCCUUAAGAAAUGAUUUGUUAGCAUUACUUAAAGCUGCAUUAAUAGAUUUUUUUGAGGGGAGCACUUUUGGGCAGUAGACAAAGAUCUGCUCUUCUUUUAGCUUGGUUUUGGUCUCCACCAACUCCUGAGAAAAAUAUUGAUGCCGGUUGAAAACAACAUUGAGCUAGAAGAUGAGCAGUUACUUGCUAUGGCAACCUGUUUCUUUCAAUACAAAUAUUGAUUAGUGCAGCUUUAAAAGGAUGUAUCAGUAGGCGUGAACACCUAAAUUGUCGUCCUCCAGGUUCCUUUUUUGGUUAUAGCCAUUACAGCGGAUUGCACGUACCUUUUUGCAGUGUAUUUGUCUAUUUUUUAGUUAAACUUUUGUUGCUGCUGCUUCUCUGAAACAAAAACACUGGCUUUUCAACUCCAAAGGUUGUUCUAUUAAAGAAUAUGAACAAAAACAUGCCUUCUUUCACAGAUGCUCAACUGUAUUAAAAAGAAGAAGAUCUGCUAUCCUUAUUAAAUGCGCAGCCUGAGAUCAUCGAGUAAACUAUAAAAAACAGGAAAAUGUUUACAAAUAGGUGUCAUUUGAUGUUUGAUACAUUUUUUUUUUCCAUUUAAAAAUCGCUCGGUUAAAUUGAACUGGUUCUUCUUGUUGUGUUAAGAGACAAACAAGCUCUUGGGAUGGGUCAACAUUAUUUGGAUACAAGUGCACCUCCGAUAUUUGCCUUAGAACUUGCAGAGGCCAUAGUUCACAUUCAAGUGAAGUGAGUGUAUGCAGGGGCCUGGGCCCCCGACCCCAAGUCACCAGUGCGGACUUUCUCACACUUAUCUACCUGUGAAAUCCUUCAUACCUCUCAUAACUGGUCAAUGACUGUAUCAGCAAACUGCAUCAGGUGUUUUUUCUACAUGCUUUUUACACAGAUUAUAUGGAUUAUUGUAUUAGUAGUUUUUGGUGCUUCUUUUUUUAAUGUAAUAGCUCUUAAAAGCUCGUAGUUCAAGUGGUCGUUUUUUUUUUUUUCUUUCAUUUUUCUAGAUGAUUGUUUUGUGUUAAUAUUGUCAAUUUGAAAUAGCUGUUAUUUGCUUAUUCUCUACUAAGAGUUCUUACCUUUAUCAUUUGAAAUGCUACAUGACCCUAAUUAAUUAAAAUGACUUAAUAACCAUUGUAAAUACGGUAUUGUGCAAAACCCAUUUUCAUUCAUUUCAAUUGCUAGUGUUGUAUAAAUGACCUUUUUGUCUAGACACCAUUUCUCUUUAUGAAAUAAAGAAACAAUGCAUAUCA